AUGAAGCUGAGAAACCAAACUCAACCUGCAGAAUUCUUCCUCCUGGGAUUCUCAGAGGACCCAGCCCUGCAACCUCUCAUCUUUGCUCUGUUUCUCUCCAUGUACCUGGUCACUGUAAGUGGGAACCUUCUCAUCGUCCUGGCCAUCCUCUCUGACACCAACCUCCACACACCCAUGUAUUUCUUCCUAUCCAACCUGUCCUUAGUGGACAUCUGCUUCAUUACCACCACUGUCCCCAAGAUGCUGGUGAACAUCCAGAUGCAGAGCCAAGCCAUCAGCUAUGCAAGCUGCAUCACACAGAUGUUCUUCUUCAUAAUCUUUGCAGGUCUGGAUGACUUUCUUCUGGCCGUGAUGGCUUAUGACCGAUUUGUGGCCAUCUGUGACCCCCUGCACUAUGUAGUCAUCAUGACUCCCUGGCUCUGUGUGAAGCUGGUUCUGCUGUGCUGGGUCAUUGGUGUCCUGCAUGCCUUGUUAAACAGCUUGUUGGUGCUGAUUCUGAGCUUCUGCACACACGUGGAAAUCCCCCACUUUUUCUGUGAGAUAAAUCAGGUAGUCCAUUCUGCUUGCUCUGACACCUUUCUCAACGACAUCAUGAUGUAUUUUGCAGCUGUGCUGCUGGCAGGGUGUCCCCUGGCUCUGAUUCUGUAUUCCUACUCUAUGAUUGUUUCCUCCAUCCGAGUCAUCUCAUCAAAACAGGGCAAGUAUAAAGCCUUUUCCACCUGUGCUUCUCACCUCUUGAGCAUAUCUCUAUUUUAUGGCACAAGCUUAGGUGUGUACCUCAGUACCACCACUGCCCCAAAUUCAACCUCAACUGCAACAGCCUCGGUGAUGUAUACCGUGGUCACCCCCAUGCUGAACCCAUUCAUCUACAGCCUGAGGAACACAGACAUGAAGAGGGCUAUAAAAAGACUGCUGUUGCAUAAAUGA